GCAAAAGAUCCAAAGACCCCCAUCGGAGCGACGUUGACAGUUUUGACCAUCGGCUCUCGUAAGCCUUUACCCUCUCCAUUCCGCCACCGACAGAAUCCGAUUGAGCUCUCUCUUCUCUCUCCUCCUGCAAUUUGGGGCGAUCAUUAUUUAUUCACUGAAUCAUUGCCCUUCUUCUUCCGCAUCGAAAUGAGGUAGCUCAUGGAGCCGUGGAAGAACACCAUGAAGAAGAAGCGGAGGCCCACCCGGAGGCCCGUCCGGCUCCGCUGCUCCGUCAAGAAUUACGACUGGGGCAUUCUCGGCCACAAUUCCAAGGUCGCCAGGCUCUUCGCUCUCAAUUCCGGGUCGGACAUCGACCCGGCCAAGCCCUACGCCGAGUUCUGGAUCGGGACUCAUGAAUCCGGGCCGUCCUACGCCGAGUCCGGGUCGGAGCAGCCCCUCAGCCUCAAGUCCUGGAUCGCCGAGGAUCCGAGUGUUCUCGGUGAGAAGGUUCUGGACAAGUGGGGCGCCGAUCUUCCGUUCUUGUGCAAGGUACUUUCGGUUCAGAAGGCUCUGUCGAUACAGGCUCAUCCGGAUAAAGAGAUGGCUAGAGUGUUGCACAAGUUGCACCCCAGUGUUUACAAGGAUGAUAAUCACAAGCCUGAAGUGGCAUUGGCGCUGACGGAGUUUGAGGCUCUUUGCGGGUUUAUUAGUCUCAAGGAGCUAAAAGACAUGCUUCGUACUGUUCCUGAGAUUGCCGAAUUGGUUGGGAUGGCAGAUGUAGAGCAAAUUCUACUUGUUGGUGAGCAACAUGAGAAUGGGAAACAAAACACAGAUUUAGAGUCCAUGUUCAGUCGACUCAUGUUGUCAAGCAAAGAGACAAUUUCUAAGAUGAUAUCCAAACUGAAAAGGCGUCUUAACCUUGAGAAAAAGAAAAGGCAAUUGACAGUUAAAGAACAACUGGUACUCAGAUUAGAGAAUCAAUAUCCAGCCGAUGUGGGUGCUAUAGCUGCUUUUUUCCUGAACUAUGUGAAGCUGAAACGUGGUGAAGCAUUAUAUUGUGGGCCAAAUGAACCCCAUGCAUAUAUUUCUGGUGAAUGCGUUGAAUGUAUGGCUACCUCUGACAAUGUUGUUCGAGCCGGCCUUACCUCAAAACAAAUUGAUGUUCAGACACUUCUUUCUAUGCUCAAAUACAGACAGGGAGCUCCUGAAAUUAUGCAAGGAGUUUCUAUGAACGCAUACACAACAAGAUUUGUCCCACCUUUUGAAGAAUUUGAAGUCGACUGCUGUGAUCUUCCUCAGUCUGCUUCGGUAGUUUUUCCCUCCGUCAUAGGACCAUCCCUUUUCCUAGUCACUGCAGGGAAAGGCAGGUUUGAUGCAGGCUUGGCUGAGGAUGAUGUAGUUACAGAAGAUGAUGAUAUAGUUGAGGAGGGCGAGGUUCUAUUUGUGCCUGCCCACACCAAGAUUAGCAUUACUGCUAGAUCAACAGAACUACAAUUGUAUAGGGUGGGGGCGAACAGCACAUUUUUUAAGGACUUGUAGCCUGCACUUAUCUUAUUUCUUACUUCGAAUUUAGAUAAUAUGCGGACAAAAUCCAUUUUGGUUGUCCGUAGGCAUGUAGUAAUGCUCUUUUAUUCUUUAA